CCCCAGGCUAUGAAUAUUACCAGGGAAACUGCUCGUCUCGUACCCAGUCCCCAAAAAACGCACCAGUUCAUCGUCACCAAACGGAUAAAAAACGUGCAUUAUCUCGGUAUCUAGUGAAAGGGUUUUUAUUUUGUACCGACACGAUGGUAUGUUCAAUUCCCGAUGAUCUUGCCGAUGAGCUGCCCCCAGAGCAAAUAGCCGUUCUGCGAAAAGCGUUCGACAGUUUCGACCGUGAAAAAAGUGGAAGUAUUCCCACCGAUAUGGUUGCUGAUAUUCUUCGGCUGAUGGGACAGCCCUUCAACAAGAAAAUCCUGGAUGAACUCAUCGAGGAAGUCGACGCAGACAAAUCCGGUCGAUUGGAGUUCGAUGAGUUCGUGACACUCGCUGCUAAAUUCAUCGUCGAGGAAGAUGCGGAGGCCCUCGAAAAAGAACUUCGUGAGGCAUUCAGACUGUACGAUAAAGAAGGCAACGGAUACAUCCCAACAACAUGUCUGAGAGAAAUCCUUCGAGAGCUUGAUGACCAACUCACUGAUGAGGAACUUGAUAUUAUGAUCGAGGAAAUUGAUUCUGAUGGAUCUGGAACUGUGGAUUUCGAUGAAUUCAUGGAGAUGAUGACCGGUGAAUAAUUAUCCUCAGUCAGCCUGGGGGGCGUUAAUUAAAUCAGUUUAUACUGCUGUCGUUGCAGGAUAUUGAUUUUUUUUUUUACAUCAUUUUUGUGUUAAGUCUCUGACAGAAAUCUUAUGUUCGCAUUUGUAAAUCAUUACAUUGUCAUUGGACUCUAAUGCAAUA